AUGAGCAGAACAGUCCGCUGGGGCUCGCCCACCGAAGGGCACUACGAGCAUCAGCGCAGCGACUCGGGUGUGGGUUCCUUCAGCGACUGCGAGAGUCGAACCUCCAACACCGACCGCGACCGCAACUUCUUGGCUUCUGGCUACGAGGACAACACAACCAUCUACCAACUGCAGCGUGCUCUUGAGCAGACGCGCCAGCAACGAGACGAGUUUUCCAAAAAGAUCGCCGAGCUCGAGACCACCGUCCGUCAAUUGCGCAACGAGAUUGAGCAGAACAAGGCCCAUGUGCGCGCCGUCACGGACCAGAAUGAGCUCUUUACACACGAAAAGAAGACGCUCGCCGAGAAGAAUAAGGAACUCUCGGAACAAAACACACAGCUUCAGGAGCAGCUCGACGACACGAUUGAGAAGCUGAAGAAGUCCAAUCGCAAGAGCACCGUCACCAGCUCGCCAACAGCCGCCAGCUCCACCACGUCCGAGUCCACCGAGGACAAGAAGCCACGGCGCAGCGCCAGCAAGCGCAGACCAGAGAAGGAAAAGGAGCGCGACGCCGACCGCGAAAAGGAGAAGCGCGAAAAGGAGCGCAAGAGGGAAAAGCGCGAAAAGGAACAACACCGCGAACACGAACGGCCUGCCGAAAAGGAAGACGACACAAUUGACCGCCUGCGCCAGCGGUUCGACAAGCAUCGCGUUGGCGACGAGAGCGACGCCAAGAGCGGUAGCAUUGCUUCCUCCAAACCCGCCCGGGCAAGCCGACCGACAAGCAGCUAUAUCGAGCCACUGGGUCUCAGCACCCCCAGACCACAGCAGACUGUGCCGCCCUCGCCCGCGCGCCAUCAUUCCUACACGGCCCCUGGAUACCCACCCUCGACCACGUAUGCCAGCAUUCGCGAGCCAUCUGCCUACGCACAGGGCGCUCAACGGUCCGCUCACCCCCAGGUCUACAUUGCCAGCGGAGAGUACGGCUACGAGGAGGAGGAAGCUGCGUACCACCCACAUCAAGUCAGGACCGGUCGCAGCGAGCGGAGGUGA